AUGCAAGCUCUAGUAGCUGCAGAAGACCCAGCGCGCACUAGACCGGAAAAAUCAGCUCCCACAGAUUCAUUUCACAAGCUGGUUGGAGAUCUGUCUAGAACCCUAGGCCCUUCGUCUGGUCUUGAUUCUGAAGAUGUCGAUGUGCAAGAACUUCAAAGAUUUAUGCAAGAAUAUGACUCCAAAGAAUCGGAGUGGGAUAAAUAUUCCUUCUCGGACUUAAGUCGAGGUUACACGAGAAAUCUUGUCGAUGAAGGCAACGGGAAGAGCAAUCUACUAGUUCUUGUCUGGACACCUGGCAAAGGGAGUCCUGUACAUGAUCAUGCUGAUGCACACUGUUUGAUGAAAGUACUCAAAGGCUCCUUGAAAGAAACUCGGUACAACUUUCCCAAGAACAACAACACGCCACCAGAAGUGAUCAAAGAGACGCUAUACAGCUCGAAUCAAGUCACUUACAUGGCCGACGAGUUAGGCCUUCACAAAAUAUCCAACCCAGAUCCAGAGAACGUAGCUACUCCGCCAAACGCUGCGAUUCAUGGAUGUUCCAUCUUCAAUGAAGCGACCGGAAAGAGAUCACACGUUACGCAAAGCAACUUCUACUCCAUCCAAGGAAAAAAGGUGGAAUCGUUCCAGACAAUGAAAUAA